CCGAAACAGGAAACACGUCGUAGUUGCGUUGUGCCGAGACUGCAGAGUAAAAUUGUCAUUGGAAUCGACCAGAGUAGAGUGUAAAAAGGGUUCCCCAACUAAGAUGAAACUAAUCACCUUCGACAAGUCCCUGUCCAGGCUACAAGGAUUGGGGAACAUAGCCAUUGUUAUCUCAUCGCUCCUGGCACUUUUUGCAACUGCCGCCCACGGGCUACAGCUGCCCGUCUUCUCAACCAAAACGCCAAGGGUCAGCAAGUACACAACCAAAUCGCCAUCGGCCUCGUCGAUGAAUCACGAUGCUACUGCCUCGCUGUAUCGCUUUAAUGCCACCAACGGGAUUACCUGCAUCUUGAUGCAAGUGGACGGUUUGAUCAGCAUCAAGUAUCGCAACAAGCUGAACGAGGACGUGGAGGCGGAUCUGUAUAUGCCGGACGACCCCCAGUUGAGUGGCGAGUGCGUCGAGUCGAAUCUGGAGAUUCUGACCAUGGACUUUAAAGGUUUCCGCUUGUCCAUGACAUUCAAAAAGUCAUCUGGCGGCGAGGGUUGGUAUAUCAACCUGUUCGAGCUAACCUAUUCCUCCUCCAAUACACUGUUCGAGCACCCCGAUCGCCCAGGACUGGACGUCAAACUAACCUCUCCCGCCCAGACACCCAUGUACUUCCCGACGCCGGUCGGCAAGUCCUACGUUUGCGACAAGGAACAGACUGUGAUUAUGUACGCCCCCCACGAUUCCGGCGACCAAUCCGGUCAUAUAGCCCGUCUCUAUCUGCGCGACAUGCACAUGCAGAGCUUCAUGUUCAAGGAUAGCGGCAAGUGGGGCCCGUCGUUCCACUGCAGCGCCACCGGAUCUUAUCGCGACGAGACGGCGCCCCUGGCCGUGGGAACUGCCCUGGCCAUCGCCGUACUGCUAACCAUAUCUGGCUACGGCGGCUGGAGGUACUUCAAAAUCAAGAAGGUCCAGUACGGAUCAAUGGAGUGAGGAGGAGAUUGGGGCAGACUAUGAAGUAAAGCGUUCGUUUUCGUUCAACUAUUUGAUCAUAUCGUUGUCUACACAUAUCCCCCACGUUUGUUGGAUCUAUUGCAAUCCCUGUAGUCCUAUAAUUUUAAAAUUAAGAAUUGUCCGGGGCAGUUUACGAGAUAAUUGAGAAAGUAACUAAAGAUACAUAUAUGAGAAAUGCAAAUGUCUUCCAUAUUGUUAAAGUAUAAAAUAAUAGUGCACCAUAUAUGAUUAUUAAAUGUUAAUAUAUAUAUAUAUAUGUUCAUGAAUAUAUAACAUGACUAACCGAAAACAAAAUUAUUAUUUUAAACAGGCAAUUAAUGCUUGGCGAAAGACCAAUGUUGGCACAGUGGACGACGUCAUAUCCGAAUCUUAUACUCUCCUGUUUCAUAAAUUUGAUCGAAACACCUACUACUGAAUACUCGUUUUAUAUGACACAUUUUUGAAAUGAAAUCUCUCUCCUGCACCACCUCUAAAAACAUUCAUUACAUUACAAGUUUGUCUCUUUGCCAAUUGAAAUAUUGAAGGAAAGAUAUGAGUGGGGAAAGGCUUUUGUUUAUAUAAUUAGUAUUAAAGAGUUGACAAAAAAAAAAAAUAUGAAA